AUGGCGCCCCCGAAGAUCAAGACGGGGGAGGUCACUGUCAACGACGCCCUAGAUGCCAUCUCGGGAGGUACGCUCAAAGAGCGUGGAUCGGGCCUAGAUGACCUGAUCUUUCUGCUGGAUAAAAGGGGCAAAACCACAAGCUUAUCCUCCCUAGGAGACAAACACUACCACCGCAUAUUCGAUUCCUUGUUCCGUUGCGCUCUUACCGAAAAGCAAAGCUACCUUGGCGGCAAAAGGACUACUGCCGCCGCCGCCGGCUCUCGACUCUCCAAGUGCGCAGAGGCACUUCGACUGGCCGCGAACCAUGGGGCCUCGAAGCUGAAGCGAAAGACCAUCUUGGCCGUCAUCGAUCACAUCACCCAAACUCUGCCUGGCCCCGACGAGUACCUGGAGCCACUCCUGAAGGACUACGUCAAGUCUCUCAUUGCGCUUCUUAGCCAUCAGUCAAAUGGGGAGCACCUCGCCACUCUCGGUGCAGAGGGAUGGCUAGCAUGCGUCGACUUUUGUACCGAGGCCAUUUCGCGCUACCUGGAGAAUGCCGACCGCGACUCCGGAUCACCCGAGUCAAGCUUUGCGUCGCUCAACUCCGUUCAUUUGGCAUUGCCAGAGUUGAUCAAUUUGAUUCGCGCUUGCUGCGGUGCUGCUCUUUUGGUCUUCCCCUCGCACGAGGCUGUAUCAGGAGGUCCAAUAUGCCAAACUUGGAAAGCUCAGUACCACGCAUCAGCCUUGAUGAGAUUUCUUCUAUUAUUGGAGGAGCCGAAAUCGAGAAAAUUGAGCGUCUCCAGCUGCAUCCAAGCGUCCGCGUCGACAGAGCUGAUCAAGGCCAGCGACUCAUCGACCUUUCAUGCCUCGAAAAAGCUAGUCCUGGAAUUGCUCUUCCCAAAGAUCGAGGGACUGCAAGUUCUAUGUGAUUUCUGGACCAAGAAGGGAUCAGAAGGUGGCACACAAAUCUCAUCAGACAAGCUUCACAGUCUUUUCUCGGCUGUUAUUGUUGGCACAACACUUGUUCCUCAACUGACCGACCUUAACUCGGAUCAGUCCCGCGAUAUCGAGUCCACUAUCUCCAAGCUCUCGGAUUCAGCCCUCAGCGCUGCUUUGGAAGCAGAUGACAAUCAAACUUUCUUCGAGAUUUUGUUCCAGAUCAUACGCCCCGUUCUUCCGAGCUUCGAGAUGACAGGUAUCGACACUCUGCUGAAAGACAGUACCGCAUUGUUUCGAUUAGCGGCAAAAUUAGCUGAGACAUACCAUGAGCGGGCAAGCCGACAAUCCUCUGGACAAAAUUCAGAUCUCAUGGACCUGGAUGAUGAAUUUGACUCCCAGGAGAGCAAAGCGAGCGCUGCGGUUAAAUCGGCAGAUUUACCUCGGCUGAGCGUGUCCAUCAGCUUGGAUUCAACAGCUUUUCAUCACGCUACUGCACAACGGUUGUACUUUCUGGAGUCAAUGCGCAAAGACAGUGGAAACAAAGGCCGGAUUCCUCAAGACUUCCUGGACCAAUUCCUCAGCUUGCCUCACGACGAGUUUCUGAUGUGCGGUUUGUUCUCAUCAGAACUAUUUGCGUCGAACCUUGCCAUUGGCCCGGAUGAUGCAUUGCAGGUUAUCGAGAAGCUCGGCGCAAUCAUUGGAGAAGCUGAGUACACAUGCUGCGAAGUAGCUCAUUCCACUGUGUUGAGCAUCUUGGAAGGCUUGAUCCAUAUCUGGUCAGAUGAAAAGCACGAAAUAUCAACACUGGUUGGCGACAUUUACAACUACUUUGUUCGAGCGUCUCUGCCGAAAAACAGCCUCUCUCCGAAGUCACAGAUGUCCUUGGCAAGCUUACUUCUGUCUCUCCUGCGACACAACCCUCAGUAUGGUAGCAAUCUCGGAAUUAGUUCUUGCCGAACGACCUUGCUGUCUAUUCUCCAGGAAGGAACGCUGGGCGUCAAACAUUUUAUCGGAUCAGCCUUACCGGAAAUCUUCGGCUUUUAUGUCCUCAAGACGCAUGAGGAAAUGUUCCUGGACGUUUUGAACAGUCUACCAACCGACCCGGAGUUCAUAGAAGGGAUCGCAUUCCGGCUUUUUGUUUUAUCUCAACUCGCUUGUCGCUGGCCAACGCUUCUGCGGCGAUGCAUCUAUCACAUCUUUGAGACGCCUGGCAAGAUCGCGCAGUCUACCAAGUAUGCCAAAACCUGUCUGCAGAAAGUGUCAGAAGCCCUUCACUUGACAUCUCCACAGGAGCUUUUCGACAUUUUCCAGCCUCAACUUCUGUACACCUGGCUCGAAGUCGAGGCCGUCGAGAACAUACCUUUCGAUAUCUUUGGCUUUGCCAGCCUCGAUGCUUUGGUCCGAGAAGGGCAAGCCGAGAUCAUUGCCUUGGAGAUCAUGCGGGGACGUUACGACAGCGUACGAAACUUGUCCCAAAGGCUCGGCACGCCUCUUCCUGACUUGGUCAAGCAAUGUUUCACGAGAAUCAUGGCGUACACAAUUGCUCAUGAAUCAAGCACAUCCGCCUCCGAGAGCGAUGGCGGUGAAGCGUGGGUACGGAAGCUGCUAGGUCGUGAAUCGUUUCUGGACCACAUAUAUCUCAAUUUUGCAGACGUCGUGGGGUUACUGAUUGACACUUUCGACCAAGAAGACCCAAUCGAGAAAUAUUUGGCCAGAGACCAAAAUUUCGACUACGCCGCCACAAACAUUGACCAGAUGAAGAAUUUCUCCCAGUCAACAACGCCAUUGCCGCCGAAUCAACAACCCAUGUUCAGGGCCAAGUUUUUGCUCAAGGAACUUUUCCAUCUGUGCAGCAAGACGGAAUAUGAAUUACAUGACUUGUGGACACCGGCGCUGGUGGUUGCGGUGGCAAGGAAGCUUUUGAACACAGUUCACCCAGCUUUGGGCUCUCUUCACGCUUGCUCGGUGUUGAGAAAGCUUCGCGUUGUCAUAGCCUUGGCAGGCUCAACCGCGAUUGAAGCAUAUCCUCUCGAAAUGCUGCUUUCUUCGAUAAGACCGUUCCUCGUGGAUUCCGAGUGCGCAGACGAUGCGCUUGGCGUUAGCCGUUACUUGAUCACAAACGGAACCAGCCGUCUGCUGCAGGCGCCUUCGUUUCUUGCUGGUUACGCCUUGUCCACAUUGGCUUCACUUCGAGUUUUCCUCGAGUCCAGCCAGUCAAGCACGACACAAGAGAGCCAGUUCAAAGCAACGAAGACCAAAGCUCAACAGUUUCAUUCUUGGUUCAGUCAAUAUCUUGCAGGAUACGAGUCAUCCGCUUUCGAAGAUGAGUGCCAGAACAAGGCAUUCCGAUCGAUCACGCAAUCCGCAUCAAAUAUCAGAUCUUCUGGCAAUGCUGAGAAGGGAACCCAUGAAAGCACUCUGCUGUUGGAAAUCCUCAAAGAUGGGGAGCGCGAGAAACAGCUUUUGAACGAAGCAGCUCGGGACUUGGCUCUAGGCAUGCUUUGUGGAGAUUUCGUCAUCCCUUCGUCAAGCGGCCAAGAUGUCAUUGAAAAUGACAUUGAAGCCAUUCGUCACACCGGACUUGUUUGGAAGAGCUGCAACGCGCUUUCUUUGAGCGACGAAUAUCUCGCUUGGGCAGGCCGUGUUGUGGGCAGAUCAUUCGCUGCGUCGGGGGAAAUCCAACCAGAAUUGUUGAGGGAAUCCGAAGUCUCGCUGUACGACAAGCUUGCUUCUGGAUCUAACAACUCCGAAAAAGGCUUGCUGAGUUUGCUUCAAAAACUUACCCAGAGCAAAGACUCGGCCGUUGCUGGCCUUGCAGAGUCUGCCCUCAGAGCAAUUGUUUCAGAAGCAGCUUCCCAAGAGGACAACGCCCUACUUGUGGCAGCCGAAAAGACACUGACCGAAUCCCUUUGUAAGGCGUCAGCUUGGAGGGAUUACCGGAUACCGCCGUCCGACUAUAUUCCCUCGCAAAUCAUUCCUGACUCCCAAGUGUUCUUCCGCGAACAUGUUGAAAGCCCGGAGUGGAUUCAAGACCUUGCGGUUCAUCUUGCGCACUCCGUCCCAGAGUACAUCAUACUGGGCGCACUGGUACGAAUCCUCGAGGAGGUCAAGGGUUUUGCCCAAGAUGCAUUUCCGUUCAUCGUUCACUUGGCGUUAUACAGCCAGGUUGACAAGCAACAUACCAUCAAGCGUAACUUGUCCGAGGCCGCCAAGGAAUGGCUAAAAGUUCAAGAUGACUCGGCGCGCACGAACCAGAAGCAGCUCAUCAACACCAUUCUGUAUUUGCGCACGCAGAAGUUACCCAAAGAGGCAUCCAUUGCAGAUCGCGCCAUGUGGCUCGAUGUCGACUUCACCUUAGCUGCUUCAGCCGCAUCACGCUGUGGCAUGUACAAGACUGCUCUGCUCUUCACUGAAAUAGCCGCAUCCCAAAUUUCCAGAUCAUCUCGGCGGUCAUCAGCUGUUCGAGACGAAGAAUCAUCCGACGUGCUCUUAUCUAUUUUCGAGAACAUCGAUGACCCGGAUGCCUACUAUGGCCUUCCCCAACCCUCGGACCUGUCCAGUGUUCUUUCUCGUCUUGAAUACGAGAAGGAUGGAUCGAAGCUUUUGGCCUUCCGCGGAGCCCAGUACGAUGACCACAUCCAAAACGGGGAUCCCGGAUCGCGAUCCGAUAGCCAGUCACUUGUGCGGGCACUCGGAACGCUGGGACUCGCAGGUCUAUCCUAUUCCAUACAGCAAACCCAGCAGAGCCAUAAUGACGACGAAGAUACUCUCGCAAAUACAUUUCAAACCGCCCGCCGUCUGGAACGAUGGAACUUGCCGGCGCCCACGUCGGCCGACAAUCACGCUGUGACAAUCUACAAGGCCUAUCAGAACAUCCAACAGGCAGCAGAUCCACUUGCCGUGCGAAGUGCGAUCUAUGACGGCUUCAGCCAAACUAUGCGCAACCUUGUCACUAACCGCGGGUUGAAUGCAGCGAAGUUGAGGAAACAGCUUGGAGCUCUUGCGGUUCUCACAGAGCUAGAUGACGCUGUGAAUCUUGCUGAUUUCUCCGAACUCGAGGGCUUGCUUGCGAAGUUUGAGCAACGUUGUCAAUGGAUGAGACGUGGACGGUAUGAAGACGUCAGUCACAUACUGUCCUGCCGGGGAACCACCUUGAGCUUGAUAAGCCAACAGCCUGAGCUCCGCAAUACCACUCCUGCCGAAGCGAGGCAGGUGGAGAUCAGAUGCAAGCUGAUGUCCUCGGGUAUUUAUCGAUAUCACCAGGCCACACAGGAGUCGCUAAACGUUUCUACGUCACUCACUAGUUUGAUCAUUCCCUGCGAGACGUUGGGCCUGAAGGUCGAUGCUGCCAUCAAGAUCGAAGCCGCCAACUCGUUAUGGGAUCACGGUGAAAUGAUACACUCCAUUCGUAUGCUUCAGGGCAUCGACAACGAUUCUUCUCUUAAGAAGCAAACAAUCCCUGUGAGCCGUUCAGACCUUCUAUCAAAGAUCGGUCACCAGGUAUCGGUAGCAAGACUGGAAAAGCCGCAUCAUAUACAGAAAAACUACUUAGAGCCGGCUCUCAAGGAGUUGAAGGGCAAGAGCCAAGGCCAACAGGCCGGGCAUGUCUUCCACCAAUUCGCUUCGUUCUGCGAUGGACAGCUGCAGAGCCAAGACGGCCUCGAAGAUCUGGCUAGACUGCGGAGCCUGAAGAAAGGCAAGAGUGACGAGGUUGCCCAGCUUCAGAGCCUUAUAGCAACCUGUCGUGACUCUCAGAUGAAAAACAGGUAUCAGUCUCAUCUGAAGCGCGCCACGUUAUGGUUGCACAUUGACGAACAGGAACUUCGUCGUGUUGAGCAAACUAGAAGCGAGUUUGUCAAGCUUAGUGUGGAGAACUACUUAUUAUCACUUACCGCAUCGGAUGAGCAUGAUAAUGACGCCUUACGGUUUACCGCACUCUGGCUCGAGCGAUCGGACGAAGAGGCUGUCAACGAAGCUGUGAAGAGGCAUCUUGACAAGGUUCCAACAAGAAAGUUCGCUACCCUCAUGAACCAGCUUUCCUCAAGGCUGCAAAACCAACCGAAUCUCUUUCAAAAGCUCUUGAUUAACCUCGUCUACAACAUCUGCGUUGAUCAUCCCUACCACGGAAUGUACCAAAUUUGGUCCGGAACGAAAGUCAAGACCAGAAAGGAGGAUCAGGUGGCGGUGCUUCGGCAACAGGCAACUGAGAGAGUCGCAGGCAUGUUGCAAACUAACAAAGCGGUGGCGUCGAUUUGGCAAGCGAUUGAUAGAACCAGCAACUACUACCAUCGCUUGGCUAUCGACAAGGAAAAUCCUAAGUUCAAGGCCGGACACAAGAUUGCCCUGAAGGAUAUUCACUCGGCAAGUUCACUCAUCAAUGCGCUACUGAAGUACCAGAUCCCACCACCAACCAUGCAAAUUGAGGUGGCAGCGGAUAGGGACUAUUCGAAGGUUCCGACCAUCGCAAGACUCGAGCCACAAAUGUCAAUUGCGUCCGGUGUCAGCGCGCCCAAAAUCAUCACGGCCAUUGGAACCGACGGAGAAGCGUACAGACAACUAGUGAAAGGCGGCAACGAUGAUCUACGCCAAGAUGCCAUCAUGGAACAAGUUUUCGCGGCGGUUUCCGUCCUGCUAAAGCUCGAUCGAUCUACGCAACAGAGGCAUAUUGGUAUCCGAACGUACAAGGUACUGCCCUUGACGUCGGCCUCGGGGUUGAUCGAAUUCGUCCCGCACACCAUCCCACUGCAUGAGUUUCUGAUGCCUGCCCACGAGAGGUAUUUCCCUAAGGAUCUCAAAGGGUCUCAGUGUAGGAAAGAGAUCGCGAAUGUGGAGAGUAAGACCGCUGAAUACCGGAUCAAUACAUACCGGAAAGUGACGGAAAGGUUUCAUCCUGUCAUGAAGUAUUUCUUCAUGGAAUACUUCAUGGACCCUGACGAAUGGUUCGCCAAGCGCUUAGCGUACACUCGAACGACAGCGGCGAUCUCGAUGCUUGGUCACGUCUUGGGCUUGGGAGAUCGUCACGGCCACAACAUCCUCCUGGACAAGAAGACGGGCGAGGUUGUCCACAUUGACUUGGGUGUAGCAUUCGAGAUGGGCCGAGUUUUGCCAGUGCCCGAAACCGUCCCCUUCCGCCUGACCAGAGACAUCGUGGAUGGAAUGGGUGUCACAGGAACGGAAGGUGUCUUCCGUCGCUGUUGCGAGUUCACGCUUCACGCGAUGAGGGAGGAGACGUACUCAAUCAUGACGAUUCUCGACGUGUUGCGGUACGAUCCGCUGUAUUCAUGGUCUAUAAGUCCGACACGACUGGCCAAGUUGCAAGGAGGUCUGGUGGGCAUCGGAGGAGGCGACGACGAUGGCGAUGUUGACAUCAUCAGAAAGACCAAAAAGGUCGGCGGCCUGGUCAACGAGCCAUCAGAGGCCGACCGGGCGCUAGAGGUAGUGCGCAAGAAGUUGUCGAAAACCUUGAGUGUGACCGCCACGGUCAACGACCUCAUCAACCAGGCCACGGAUAUCGGCAACCUGGCCGUUUUAUAUUCAGUUGCCCCGCAUCAGCAGCAGUCACCGAGCAGACCAAGUCCGAAGCGCUUCAGAUUUGGUGUCGAGGAUUCCCCCAAUUCCAACAUGUCGACCAAGAUGAAGGGCAAGCUCCCUGAGGUCGUCGACCUCACCCAGACCAACUCGUCUCAACCGUACUCGCGCGCGAAGAAACUGGUCAUUAAGAACCUGAGGCAACCGGCGAAGAACGAGCAGCUGGAGCAAUACUACAAGCGGACGGAACAGGAGUUACUUGACGCCUUGCAAGACAUCUUCAAUGGCCGCAAACCACAGCUGCCGCUGGAGCGGUUGUACCGGGCGGUCGAAGAUAUCUGCAGGCGUGGCAACAGCAACGACUUAGAACUUUACGAGAUUCUACGUCGGAAAUGCGAGGAGCAUCUUACUAGCAAUGUGUUGCGCUCGAUUAAGUCACAAGGCGGCACCACAAACGUGGACAUGCUGAGGAGCGUCCAUAAGCAUUGGCGCGUUUGGAACAGUCAGAUCAUCAUGAUACGAUCUACUUUCAGCUAUCUCGAUCGCACCUUUCUACUUAAGAACAAGAGCUACCAGUCCAUCAAUGACUUGACGAUUUCCCAGUUCAGAAGGAUGACUUUCCCAUCCAGAGAGGAUCUGGAGGGAUCAUCACCGGGCGGCAGGGCCUUGCGUGGCAUGUACGACUUGAUAUCGUACGAUCGUACCGGAGACGAACGAUUCGAUGCUUCACUGCUCAAGGAAUCCGUCAUGAUGCUUCAUGUCUUCAACAACUACACGAAGCUUUUUGAACCCCGCUUCAUAGAUAUUUCGGCGGAGUACUUCCUUGAGUUUGCUGAAGAACGGAGCUCAUCAAGUCUGAAAGAGUACAUUCUUGCAUGCGAAAGACUUUUGAAGAGGGAGGAUUACCGGUGUAACGAAUACAAUCUGGAUUCGACGACAAAAAAGCAACUCCUCGAUGCCGCGCAUAGCAUAUUGGUCAACAAGUACUCCGAAAAGCUUUUGAAUGGGGAUAGCUUGUCGAAGCUGUUGGCUGAAAACGAAGUGGAAUCACUAAAGGCGCUGUACGACUUGUUGCGUUUGUCAGGAAUCCAGAAGAAACUCAAGGAGCCGUGGAGCGCGUAUAUUCGCAAAACGGGUACAGCCAUCGUUGCUGACAAGGAACAUGGCGACGAUAUGGUGCGGAGGUUGCUUGAGCUUAAAAGAGCCUUGAGUCUUAUCGUCCGCGAUUCCUAUGGAGGCGAUGCGGACUUCGUGAACGAGCUCAGGAAUGCAUUUGGCGACUUCAUGAACGAUAGAUCCAUCGCAUCGACAUGGAGUUCGGGCACAUCCAAGGUGGGGGAGAUGAUUGCAAAGUACGUCGACAUGCUGCUGCGAGGUGGGCUGAAGGCGCUUCCCAAGGCGCUGCUGUCAGACAACAAGGAUCGCGCAGAGGCAGAGCAAAGUGGCCAAGCCAGUACUGGUGACGAAGAUGCGGAGCUCGACCGCCAACUGGACCAAGCUCUGGAGCUAUUCCGUUUCAUUGAGGGCAAGGAUGCGUUUGAAGCAUUCUACAAGAAGGAUCUAGCUCGUCGCCUGCUGAUGGGCAGAAGCGCCAGUCAAGACGCAGAGAGAAACAUGCUGCGGAAGCUGAGGGACGAGUGUGGUAGCAACUUUACACACAACCUUGAACAGAUGUUCAAGGAUGUCGAGGUUGCCAAAGAGGAAAUGGAGGCAUACAAGCUGUGGUCAGAAGGCAGUGGUGCGGAAAGGCCUCCAGUGGACCUGUCGGUCAUGAUCUUGUCUGCUGCGGCGUGGCCCACGUAUCCCGACGUAAGAGUCAACGUACCGGACGACGUUGCAAAGCAGAUUGAACGUUUCGAUCAGUACUACAAGAACAAACACACCGGCAGACUUCUGAACUGGAAGCAUGCAUUGGCACAUUGCACGGUCAAGGCCAAGUUCCCCAAGGGCACGAAGGAGUUGUUGGUCAGCGCAUACCAGGCCAUCGUCCUUGUUCUCUUCAAUGAAGUCGGGCUCGAUGGCUUCCUUGCCCAUGAGCAGAUUGCCCGCUCGACUAACCUCCAAGGGGAUGAGCUAAAACGAACACUGCAAUCACUUGCCUGCGGUCAAGUUCGUGUGCUCUCUAAACAUCCCAAGGGAAAGGACAUCAACCCGGAAGACACCUUCUCGAUUAACAAGGCGUUUCAACAUCCCAAAAUCCGAGUCAAGAUCAACCAAAUUCAGCUCAAGGAAACGAAAGACGAGAACAAGGCUACCCAUGAGCGCAUUGCGCAGGACAGACGAUUCGAGACCCAGGCUGCGAUCGUCAGAAUCAUGAAGAGCCGCAAGACGAUGAGCCAUGGAGAGUUGGUGGCCGAGGUCAUCAACAUGACUAAGAACCGCGGCGCCGUUGAUGCGGCGCAAAUCAAGAAGGAGAUUGAAAACUUGAUUGAUAAGGAUUAUUUGGAGCGCGAAGGCAAUACUUAUACGUACUUGGCGUAA